GUAGACCAUUCCAACUUCUAAAGUUCAACAAUAAAAUGCUCUCUGUUUGAGAGAGAAAUUACUAAAUUAUUCAUACUAUUUACGAUCAUCAAAAGUUAGCCGUCACUUUGGCUCUUUAUUGCUUUUUUAUUGUUCAAUUAGGGUUUUUUUUUGUUGUUGCGAGAUCUGGGUUAGUUUAACAGAUCCGGGAGCGGGAAGGCUUUGUAGCAGUUUCGAUUUCCACGGAGAUUUAACGAAGUAGUUGUGGUGGGUUUUUCGGAUUUUGGAUCUGUAGACUGGCUCUCUAGGUGAAAAUGCAUACCAGGUACAUGGAGAGGAUAAACUCUAUGAGAGGAAAGAGAAGUUUGGAUGAGGCAGCAGAAGAUGAACAGCAGCCGGAGCGGAAGCGUCCGGCUUUGGCCAGUGUUAUUGUUGAAGCAUUGAAGUUGGACAGUCUCCAGAAACUUUGCUCGUCUUUGGAACCAAUUCUACGCAGAGUUGUUAGUGAAGAAGUUGAACGCGCUCUAGCAAAAUUAGGCCCUUCUAGACUAGAUGGAAGAUCCUCCCCUAAACGAAUUGAAGGGCCAAAUGGACGGAACAUGCAGCUUCAAUUCAAAUCUAGGUUAUCUCUUCCCCUGUUCACCGGUGGAAAGGUUGAAGGAGAGCAGGGUGCUACAAUCCAUGUUGUUUUGGUUGAUGUAAGCGUGGGUCAAGUUGUAACAUUUGGUCCCGAGUCCAAUAUAAAGCUGGACGUGGUUGUUUUAGAAGGCGAUUUCAACAAUGAAGAUGAUGAAGACUGGAGCCAAGAGGAAUUCGAGAGCCAUGUUGUAAAAGAGCGUGAAGGGAAGAGACCUCUUUUGCACGGAGAGUUGCAAGUCACACUCAAGGAAGGUGUAGGGACCCUUGGAGAGCUUACAUUUACAGAUAAUUCAAGUUGGAUUAGGAGCCGCAAGUUCAGGCUUGGUCUUAAAGUUUCUUCAGGCUUUUGUGAAGGAAUACGCAUACGAGAGGCAAAGACAGAAGCCUUCACUGUUAAAGAUCACCGUGGAGAAUUAUACAAGAAACACUACCCACCUGCUUUGAAUGACGAGGUUUGGAGACUAGAGAAGAUUGGUAAAGAUGGGUCGUUCCAUAAAAGACUAAAUAAAGCUGGAUUAUACACGGUCGAAGACUUUCUUCGUUUUGUAGUUAGAGAUCCCCAGAAGUUACGAAGUAUCCUUGGAACUGGUAUGUCCAAUAAAAUGUGGGAUGCUCUCAUAGAGCAUGCCAAGACCUGUGCUUUGAGUGGGAGGCUUUAUGUAUAUUAUCCAGAUGAAUCGAGGUAUCUUGGCGUUGUCUUCAACAACAUUUAUGAGUUGAGUGGACUUAUAACCGGUGAACAAUACUUGACAGCUGAUUCUCUCUCUGAAACCCAGAAGGUGUAUGUGGACAGUUUGGUGAAGAAGGCUUAUGAAAACUGGAGCCAAGUGAUCGAGUAUGAUGGCAAAUCACUUUUUGGCUAUGACCACCAACCGAAGAGGUUGAAUGCAUCUCGCAAUCAACUACUACCUGCUGGUCCAGUCGAGUAUCCAAAUUCUUUUGAUAAUCAGCUUUCCACAUCAUCAGUUUCAGUUCCUUCUGAGCAGCCAGCAGGGGAGUCCAGCUUGCAACUUGAUGGUUAUAACGAGAGCUUAGCAAGCAAAUUCCCGACCUCCUCUCAGUUCCUAAACCCUGAAACCCAUAACAACCAUUACGAUAACAAUAUAUUUUCUUCACAAGAGCAUCAAGUAAACAACGACAGUAGAUACAAUAGCAGUGUUGUAGGACUGGCACUCGGUCCUCCUGAAGCAGCAUCAACAUCGAUCCAAGAAAUGAACACGUCAUCCAAUCAAUACGCGAUGAAUUCGUACGACGACUGGUCAAAUAACCGAGAAAAGGAUCUCUUAUCGGAGGAGGAAAUUCGGAUGAGAAGUCACGAGAUACUUGAGAAUGAAGACAUGCAGCAUUUGCUUAGACUUUUCAGUAUGGGAGGUGGUCAUAACCAUCAUGGGAAUAUAAAUAUACCAGAUGAUGGGUUUGGCUUCAAUUCUUACAUGCCUGCUCCAACUCCAGAUUUGAAUUUCAGUUUCGAUGAGGAUUGUAUUCGUCCUGGUAAAGCGGUUGCUGGUUGGUUGAAAAUUAAAGCAGCUAUGAGAUGGGGUUUCUUUAUCAGAAAGUUAGCAGCAGAAAAGAGGCGGGCACAGCUAGUACAGUUGGAUGAUGACUAGAAAUUUACAAUUCAUCUUCAUUUCUGCAAUUGCCGACUGGGUUUUCAGGCAAAUACUGAAACAACUUGUUUCGUCUCUCUGAAUAUACUUUGUGAAGUAAAUGGUUGAUCUCUACUUGUUAUUAUGUAAGCUUCUUUAGAUGACUUGGGGAAGAAUCUGACAACUCUAGGUUUCUUCUGCAAAUUGAUGUUCAGUGUAUUAUUUUCUUUUCUUUUAUGUCUCCUCUUUUGUGGUUUUUUUAACUUAAAAAACAUCUUGUUUAUUAAUGUGCAACUGUUGUGGAAUUAUCUGUAAUCUUAUAUAAAUAUUGUCGUUGUUAAGUGUACUUCAAUAAUAUUGCUUUGUUUUUAA